GAAAUGAGCCAACGGAAUGAAGGCUCUGUGGGGCCAGGUUCCAAGUCCGGGUCACUCUCGUUGAUGCAGACUGGCGGCCGAUUGCUUGGACGGAUUUAACAGCGGUUGAAGAUUGUGGAGCCCAGCUUGGCGUUUGCGUGGGUUCUCGCCACCCACCACCUUUAUAUACCUCUAAGAUUCCCACUCUAUCUAUCUGAAACAGAGAAGAAGAAGAAGAAGAACGAGAAGUAUCCAAAGGUGUUCAUCAUGGUGGUGGAAUUUGAAACAAAGGGGAAGCAGCAAGGAGAUGUUCAUUAUUUCAAUGAAACAGUGUCAUGUGUUGCAGAAGAGAAUUUUGAAGAAUUACAUCAUGACUUUGGUGAUCUCACACUUGCAGAGGUUCUUCAAGAUCAGGAAAGUGUAUAUCAGUCACUUCAGAGAAAUGAUGCUCAGAGUGAGCUAACUAAUGCUUCUAGUACUUCUACACAGAAUCAUGAGCAUGGCCAAAGCAGUGGAGGGGGGAACCCUUCAGAGACCAUGAAUGUUGAUUCACAUUUAGCAGCAGAUGAAGCUUUAGCGAGGCAAUUGCAAGAGUUGGAGCAUUUACAUGUUGAUACUUCCUUCAGUGAAUUCACUGGAACAAAAGCUGGUAUAACUCCAGCAGAAUCUUCAGUAGUCAAUAGUGAACCAAAUUCUAACAACAUGCCUGAUGAGGAAACCAGGCAAGAUAAUGUAGACCCAGAUAAUAUGACUUAUGAGGAAUUGCAAUCACUGGAGGAAGCCAUAGGUAGUGAAAGCAGAGGAUUAUCAGAUGAGCUCAUAUCCUACUUGCUAUCUUCAAGAUACAAAACUGGGUUCUUUUCAAGAAAAGGCAAACAUGAGGAGUGUGUAAUCUGUCAAUCGACUUACAAGAACCGAGACAAGUUGAUCACCUUGCCCUGCCAGCAUUAUUAUCAUUCAAAAUGUAUAAGUCGUUGGUUGAAGAUCAACAAGUUGUUUCUGCAGUUUUAUAAAAGGAAAAUUAAUUGCGGAUGGUUGAAUGGACUCAAAGCUCUUAUUUCUAUGGAUACUUAUGAGUCAAUGCCUAUAUAGUAAUGGUAAAGAUAUGUGUUGAACUAGGAGACUUUUUUUGUCUGUUGGCCAAUUGCUAGUAAACUUACAUGCGUAUAUGUUCUUGCACCAACACACACAAGUGGUGUUAUGCUUAGUUUCAUUUAGCUCCCCUUCUUUUUAUGUGUGAGGUUCCUUUGCAUAUUGGUAGUGGAGUUCCAAUAUAUUUCAAAUGCUCUCAUAUAUUUGUAACAUUUCACAUACUCUAAGCCUUCAGUAAAAUGGUUGAAUCUUUGU